AUGCUUCUGACAGCAAAGCUGUGCAAGCUGCGCAUCAGAGCUGCUGGCAUGAGUCUGUCUGCGGGCUGUCAAAACAAGAGCUCGGCUCCCUUCAGUGACAUGUCAGCAAAGAGGCGACACAGAGGGAGGCUGCGCAUACUGUGUUGUGAGUGCAGCGCCUUGCUGUCCAACUGGUAUUAUGAAAAAGAUGGUCAGCUCUUCUGCAAGAAGGACUACUGGGCCAAAUUUGGGGAGCUGGGAUUUUUCACUGUCACUUCAGAUGCUCAUAAAUCUGUUUCACCUGUUCUCAGGUGUUGUGAGUGCAGCGCCUUGCUGUCCAACUGGUAUUAUGAAAAAGAUGGUCAGCUCUUCUGCAAGAAGGACUACUGGGCCAAAUUUGGGGAGCUGUGCCACGGCUGCAGCGACCCGAUCACCGCCGGCCUCAUCAUGGUCGCUGGGGAGCAGAAGUAUCACCCAGAAUGCUUCAGCUGUCUGAACUGCAGGGUGUUCAUCGGGGAUGGAGACACAUACGCUUUGGUUGAGAGAUCUAAACUCUACUGUGGGAACUGUUACUACCGGAACAUCGUGACCCCGGUGUCGCCGCCAGACUCGCCGUGUUCUCGAAUCCCUCACACCGUCACACUGGUGUCCAUCCCGGCCUCAGCCGAUGGCAGCGAUGAGUCCAGGGGGCGGGGUUUCUCUGUGGCCGUCGAGCAGCCGCUCACCCCAACGAACAGCCCGGAGCAGGAACGCACUGUCAGAGUGUCCGAAGUGGAUGCUGACUGCAUUAGUCCAGAUGUGAAAAACUCCAUUCAUGUUGGAGACAAGAUUCUGGAAAUCAAUGGGAAACCUAUUCAUAACAUUCCCCUGGAUGAGAUUGACCUCCUGAUCCAGGAGACCAGCCGACUGUUACAACUCACCCUCGAGCACGACCCUCACACCCAAAGGCAGGAUGGCGGCUCUUCUGAGGCGAAUGAGCAGACGAAUGGCCCCCUGUGCUCCCCCCAAUCAGAGAACCCCAGCCCCACCCUGCCAAUCACACAGCCGCCCCUCCCCAACAUCAACAACCUGAAGUCCCGCAUCAUAACGCGGAGUUACAGCAUUGAUAAGUCGCCAGGUUCCAGCAACGCUGCAUCGCCCAUCGCUCAGAGGAAGGAGAUCAAUCGAUCCGAGUCACUCCGAGUUGUCUCCAGUCGGACUCACCGCAUCUUCCGCCCAUCUGACCUCAUCCACGGAGAAGUGCUUGGAAAGGGAUGCUUUGGACAGGCCAUCAAGGUGACCCACAGGGAGACUGGGGAGGUGAUGGUGAUGAAGGAGUUGAUCCGCUUUGACGAUGAGACGCAGAGAACAUUCCUGAAAGAGGUGAAGGUGAUGCGCUGUCUGGAUCACCCCAAUGUGCUCAAGUUCAUCGGAGUCCUCUACAAAGACAAGAGACUCAACUUUAUUGCAGAGUACAUCAAGGGAGGAACUCUGAGGGAAAUAAUCAAGAAAAUGGACAGUAACUAUCCCUGGAAUCAGCGGGUCAGUUUUGCGAAAGACAUAGCUGCUGGAAUGGCUUAUCUACACUCCAUGAACAUAAUCCAUCGAGACCUGAACUCCUACAACUGUCUUGUUCGAGAGGACAACACAGUGGUGGUGGCAGACUUUGGUCUGUCUCGGCUCAUGGUGGAUGACAAGCAGGAUGAAUCGCUGCUGCAGGGAAAACUGUCCGGUUUAAAGAGGCAUGACCGCAGGAAGCGGUACACUGUGGUGGGAAAUCCCUACUGGAUGGCUCCUGAGAUGAUCCAUGGGAAGAGCUAUGAUGAGAGAGUUGACAUAUUUUCUUUUGGCAUUAUGCUCUGCGAGAUUAUUGGCCGAGUGAACGCAGACCCAGACUACCUCCCCAGGGCGACAGACUUUGGACUGAACAUUUCUGGUUUCCUGGAGCACUUCUGUCCUCCUGACUGCCCCCCCGCCUUCUUCCCCAUGGCUGCUGUUUGCUGUGACCUUGAUGCAGACAAACGGCCUCCUUUCCUAAAACUGGAGGAGUUGCUGGAGAACCUAAAGAUGCACUUAGACAUUGGUCUGCCCCUCAAGUCUGAACUGGACCAGCUACACAAGGCAUUCUGGGAUCAGCACAGCGUCAAACGCCCUGAGAAUGGCCUGCACACUCACCCUGAGCAGCCAGAGUAAGGCUCAGCACCACAGGAAACAAAGAAAGGAGGAGGUAACCCCUCAGUGGACAAAGAACACCCAGCUCGGGUGGCAUCGUGGCAGUAGGGAGGAGGCAUGUAAAUGUUCCUCCUGGUUUAAAGCAGAUGACAUGCCGGCUCAGGCUUAAAAGAAGGUAGAUUCGGGGAUGAAUGUGGAUCUGAAUAGCCAGCUGUGGAAGAUAAAAGCAGGAGUUCUGCUGUGCCUGAGGUUGAAAAGUGGAUAUUCAACCAGACACAACGUUCAAAUCAUGACUCUUAAAUGAUGCAGAUGGAACAUACCAGUCAUGCCAGUGGAGAAAACUUACUGUGCUUACAGUGCUGUCUCAAUCCACACAAAACAAAAACUAAUCAAAGACAUGAACAGAGCUGACUUUCAGCUUUUCCCCUUGUGAGCCUCUUCAGAGUGCAUUGUGCAGUUUUUGUUUGCAAGAUUUUCUGUUAUUUUCUUUUUUAACUUUGGGUUUGCAUUGCUAAACUGACCCAAGGAAAAAUGUGAAUAAAUCCCUGUGUGCCGUCUUAAAACACAAUAUUUUCAACCCACUUGUACCAGUCAAACAAACCUUUCAAGCUUUAAAUAUUUCACAGAGGAGUGCAUGACUGUAAAUAAUGUUGUCAGAACGGAUUCAUGGUGUCCGCGGACUUGGACUGAACCACUGAUUUGCAGGUGGCCCGCCCACUUUUUGUGUGUUACAUUGACCUUGUGUGUUGACAUAUUUCAUUCACUUUGACAUUCAGAUACAAAGCAAGGUCCAACAAUAGAAUCACUGUAAAUGUUUUAAAUAUUGUAAAUUUAGAGACAUAUUUUAUAUACAUAUGCAACAUUGCCAUAUUUUUAUUAGCCGAACAGUGGAAAAAACAUUAGUCUGUAAUAUCACUAUUGUGUCAGGCUUACCACUUUUAGCAUUUAGAAUUUAAAGGAUUGUUAUUCUGUUACAAGAAAUCACUAGUUUGAAUUAAAAAAAUAAUCAUCAUCAUCAUCAUAUUUUCAAUGCUGGAACAAACUAACCAUCAAUCAGGUGAAUUUUUCCUUGUAUACUAGCUAAAUCAAUGUAUACUUUAUUAAAGUCCAAUUUGAUUUACAACUCUGCCAAAAAGAGCUGAGUAACAAGUCACAACAUUUAUGUUAACCACAAUUAUCUGAGUGCUGGCUCAUCCUGAUCAUACUGGAGUUUAAAUCCCAUCCAACUGUUAAGAGGGAAGUGACGCCUCUCAAUAUCAAUCGGCUUUGAAGGCAGUCAACCUGCUAGGAUUCCAGUUUUGCUUGUGUACAGUCUUGUUACAAUCGGAACAUCAGGUACUGCCUCAUCUUGUCAGCUCCCCCUGAGGAUGGGCCACUGUUUGUUUACACUUGAAAGCUAGCUGUUGUUAAUACCACUGUAUAUAUGUGUAUAUAUGUGUGUGUCUGUCUUCCCAUCUGUUUGUGUGCAUCGCCUAUAUAUGCACUCUUCAGAAAUGCUCUCCAGCCAGGUCAGACUUUUCUCCUGCACCUUGUGAUGUAACUGAAAUCCUGCUGUUUUCCACGAUGGUCUCCUCUGCUUUUAUUCCAAUCAAUACUUCUCUGUCUUUUUCUCUGGUAGAUUAAAAAACAAGGAUGAAAGACAAAAAAGUUCAACAAAGAAAGCAGGGCAGCUUAGAAAAAAAAGCAUCUGGUUUUUUUCUAUCUAUAUUUAAUCUCCUUUUUUUUAUAACAUUUUAGUACUUUCAUUUGCACUAAAUGGCUAUUUGGGGCCUUUUUUUCUUCUCUUGGGCUACUUGUGAUAAGAAAUGAAUUUUGUCAGUUCAGGUUGAUCUAUAAAUGCAAGCCACUGAUGGAGCCUUUCAGCUGUAAAAAAAAAAAAAAGAGGGGGGGGGGGGCUUUAUGUGGACUUCAUCCUCUCAAUAGCAAAGUUAGUUAUGUGAGGACUACUUGCAUCUUUAUGCACUGCUUGACCCUUGGAGGAAUAAGUUUCUCACAAUUUGAAAUAUGAAUAACUUUGAAGACCCAUAAGUGGUAAUGAGAACCAAUUUCUUGCUAAUGAGGGGAUUGAUGUCUCUGCUCUGCCUGCUGCUUACAGACUGGUCCUUUGUGAAUGAUGUUCUGUAUGUCUGACUGCCUGCUUACAGAUGUGAUGCCCACAGAGUCCACUGCCAGUCUUGCUGAUAGUAGAGCAUUUAAAGUGGCCUCCCUCGUCUCUUCCUCAUUUUGGCUCAGGGCCGUGAUUUUUCCGGAGCUUUCCCCACAAGUCCGUUUAUUCAGCAGCUUAAGACGUAUGCACAAUUUGCGGUGAGACUGGGUGAGCAUAUAAACUUCUGUCACUGGGUAGGCCAACACAGAGAUGCCUCUCUACAACAAGCCUCUUUUGGUUGACAUGUGGGCAUGCACUGCAAUCGAGCAGCUUUCCCCGUUCCUGUAAGAGCCAUGUCACGCAUGUUGCAGUGUUUGUGAGCGCCUGUGGUCAUUGUGAGCAUUUUUGCAGCACUUCUUUGCAAAAGAUCGUUACCUCUGAACAAUGCUGUGCCUUUUGUUGUAAGCUAGCCUUGCCAACGACUCGAAAACAUGAACCGAUUUUCUCCUUUUUUUAUUGUAUCAUAGGUGCAACAAACCUGAUUGGAGUGGAUUGCGCAUCAUAACAAACUAUGUUAUAUAAGAUUUUAAUUCUUGUUCUUUGUCAUAUUUAUAUUUUCUAUAUCUUCAUUGUAUGUUUUUUUAUAUGUUAUAUUUCUUUUUUGUCUUAUUUAAUUUUUUUACACAAGCUGUGAAAAAAAUUCUGCACUUUAAUCCUGUAUGUAAACAUUAAGCCUCUGAGGAGGAUGUUUUUUUUGUAUUGUUUUUGUCACAGCUGAAAAUAAAAUUGUUGCUCCUUAAA